GUAUCUUUUCCUCAAUUGUCUUCUUUCACUUUCAUGAAGAAGUAUUCCACGAAAAACGUUAGGUGAGGGUAUAAGAAGAAUCUGAGAAACUUGUAGCUGAAUCGCAAUCACUUACCAACAUCAAAGGGAAUGCUCAUGAUCACAACAACAAUCCUGAUUGCUCCAUUGUUCUUUCCGCUUAAUCCCAAAUAGUGAAAACCCAAGAACCACAAAAAUCACCAUUUCAUCUCGGGGUUUGAGGGGGGACAAUGAUUGGACGCAGAGACAGAGAAGGACCCUUGAUGAGGAACAACACACAUUUUCUACGCAAAUCAAGGGUCGUAACCGCAGUAGCAAUUGGGAUCCUUAUUGGGUGCAUCUUCGCUUUCUUGUUCCCCAAUGGCUUCUUCGUUUCUAACACUGUCACCAACCCUAAUCGCAAUCUUCCACUUGCGGGAUCCAAGACCCAGGGAAAUUCAGCUGGAUGUGAAUCCUCAGAUCGGACCAACAUGUUGAAAUCAGAGUUUGUCGCGGUAUCAGAGAAAAAUGCUGAACUGAAGAAACAGGUGAGGGAAUUGACUGAAAGGCUUCGGCUUGCAGAGCAAGGGAAAGACCAGGCGCAAAAGCAGUUUCUUGCAUUGGGUAAACAGCCCAAAGCAGGACCUUUUGGUACUGUAAAAGGAUUAAGAAUCAACCCUACUGUUGUUCCUGAUGAAUCUGUGAACCCCAGAUUGGCAAAGAUCUUAGAGAAAGUUGCAGUUAAUCGGGAGCUUAUAGUUGCACUUGCAAAUGGCAAUGUGAAGGAAAUGUUGGAAGUCUGGUUCACUAAUAUCAAGAGAGUUGGCAUACCCAAUUAUCUAGUUGUUGCUUUAGAUGACGAGAUUGCAAAGUUUUGUGAAUCAAAUCAAGUCCCAGUGUAUAGAAGAGACCCAGAUGACAGUGUUGAUGCCAUUGGAAGAGCAGGGGGGAACCAUGCUGUCUCUGCUCUUAAAUUUCGUAUUCUAAGAGAAUUUUUGCAGUUGGGAUAUAGUGUUCUUCUAUCAGAUGUUGACAUUCUAUAUUUUCAGAAUCCUUUUGAUUAUCUAUACCGGGAUUCAGAUGUGGAAUCCAUGAGUGAUGGGCAUAAUAACAUGACAGCCUAUGGCUAUAACGAUGUUUUUGAUGAACCUGCAAUGGGUUGGGCUCGAUUUGCUCAUACUAUGAGGAUAUGGGUGUACAACUCUGGUUUCUUCUAUAUCAGACCGACACUCCCUUCAAUUGAGCUUUUGGAUCGUGUGGCAACACGACUUUCCAAGGAGAAUGCAUGGGACCAGGCUGUUUUCAAUGAGGAACUCUCUUUCCCCUCACAUCCUGGUUAUGAUGGGCUCCAUGCUGCCAGACGAACUAUGGAUUUCUAUCUCUUUAUGAACAGCAAGGUUCUGUUCAAGACAGUGAGGAAUGAUGCUAAUCUCAGCAAAUUGAAGCCCGUAAUUAUUCAUGUGAAUUACCACCCUGAUAAGCUUCCUAGAAUGAAAGCAAUUGUUGAAUACUAUGUUAAUGGGAAGCAGGAUGCUCUCAAACCUUUCCCUGAUGGCUCAGAUUGGUAACCUCGCCUCUGCAGCUGAGGGUAUACUCUCAUGGUGUCUUAAUUGUUUAGAACAGUUUUUCAGUAGCUUUUAUUAGUUAUAAGCAUACAUGUAGGUCAAAAAAGAUAUCAUUUUAUGAGCACAUUGAGUUAUGCUUUUUGCCCCAUUUGAUAUUGUUCAGUUUUUCUUUUGUUUUGUUUUUUGUGCUUGCUGUAGGGGGGCUUACGUAAGAUUUCUUCUGUAAUAUUUGCUGUAUGCCAAUUUAAAGCUUUUGUUGUUUUCAUCU